AUGGAGGAUAGCCGUUAUGGAACCCGAACCAUAGGGGCUAUCCUCCCAGUAAUGGAAAAGUGGUUGGGGAGAAAGAAGGGGGCCCUGACAUUCAGGGUGACGCAGGUAGUGUCCGGACACGGCUGUUUCGGACACUACCUGCACAAGAUACAGAGGGAACCGGGGCCUCAGUGCCACGAAUGUGGCGCAGUGGAUGACACGGCCCAGCACACUCUGGAAGAGUGCAAUCGCUGGGUCGUGGAAAGAGUGGCCCUUAGGGCGGUGACGGGGGUUGCGGACCUCUCGCUACACAGCAUAAUUGUGGCGAUGCUGGGUAGCGAGAGGAAAUGGGAAGCGGUGGCCUCCUUCUGCGAAAAAGUCAUGUCGCAGAAGGAGAAGGCGGAGAGGGAGCGAGAAGCAUCUGCGGAUGCGCCUCCUCUCCGUCGCAGGCGGCAGGGUCGAGGGCGGGAGCCCAUGCUCGCCUCGAGCCUUAGUAAGGCCAGCGGGUACCGAACCCGCACUGCACGGCCCCAUAGACGAUGUCGGGGGGAGGGGGAUCAAGCGUUUCUGAUCCCCCCCUCCAUCGUGAGGGUGCCUUGGCGAUAA